UAGACAGCUAAACUAGAGAGGAAAAAGAAAAAGUUAAUUAUUACUGACUAAUUAUUCUCUUACCGAGAAGUAGGUUUAAACCACCACUGGAUACGUUGUUGUCGGAAGAAAACAGAGGAGAAGAAGAAGAGAGAGAACCCACUUCUGAAAUUAUUUCGGAUGUAGCAUCGAUUGAGCCCAAUUGCUCGUAUCAAUCUUACGCUGACUCCUAGAAUGUUUCACUUGGAACGAGCUGAUUCUCUGCAUCACAUUGCUCCACGCGCCAAAAAUUGUUGAAGAAUAAUCGAGAGAUAGAAAUGAUCGAGAUCCGUAGCUGAAAUGGUGAACCGAAGCUUUGUCCAACACAGGAACCCACCAACUUCCAGAUUUAUCAUACGAAAAUCAUUCUCCCCUUUUGCUGUUACCCUUUUCUUGAUUUUCAUUUUUGCUUCUUCCAUAUUCGUUUUCUUGUUCUGCACCAGAAACAUACUGGAAGAUGAACAGAAACCGUUGUUUUCAAAGCCAGAGAAAUUUCAAUCGAAACCUGAGCUGAAAUCUGUUGAUCACCUAUGGAAUGCUCCAUCGAGCUAUGGCUUCCAUCCCUGUGUCAAGCCUACAUCAAGAUAUGAAGCUGCCCAAACUUCAGAUCAUUACAUCACAGUGAGAAGUAAUGGAGGACUAAAUCAAAUGCGAGCUGGUAUUUCUGACAUGGUGGCUGUGGCACGCAUCUUAAAUGGGACCCUAGUUAUUCCUCAAUUGGAUAAACGUUCGUUUUGGCAUGAUACGAGUACAUUUUCAGAUAUUUUCGACGAACAUCACUUUAUCAAAACCUUACAAAGUGAUGUUAAGAUAGUGAAGGAGCUUCCCAAGGAAUUGGAGUCUAUUCCCCAUGCUCGUAAGCAUUUCACUUCAUGGGCUGGCUUUGGUUACUAUGAAGAGAUUGCACGGUUAUGGAGAGAUUAUCAGGUUAUUCAUGUUGCAAAAUCUGAUUCUCGAUUAGCAAAUAACGACCUGCCCCUAGAUAUACAAAGGCUCAGAUGUCGUGCAAUGUAUGAAGCCCUUCAUUUUGCUCCACCAAUUGAGAACUUCGGAAAGAAGCUGGUCGAGCGGCUUAGGUUGCGUGGAGAAAGAUAUAUUGCCCUUCAUUUGAGAUAUGAGAAAGACAUGCUUUCCUUCACUGGUUGUACUUAUGGUUUGACUAAUCUUGAAGCCGAAGAGCUAAAAAUAAUGAGGGAAAAAACUCCUCACUGGAAGAUAAAAAUUAUAAACUCAACGGAGCACAGAAUGGAAGGCCUUUGUCCGCUUACUCCCAAGGAAGUGGGAAUAUUCCUGCAGGCUCUUGGUUAUCUUCCAUCAACAUUAAUCUACAUUGCCGCUGGGGAAAUCUAUGGUGGUGAUUCUCGACUUUCUGAGCUUUCUUCUCGGUUUCCAAAUAUUGUUACCAAAGAAACACUUGCAACAGAGGAAGAAUUGAAGCCAUUCAUCAACCAUGCUUCUCAGAGUGCAGCACUUGAUUAUAUAAUUUCAAUUGAGAGUGACGUUUUUAUCCCAACUUACUCCGGGAACAUGGCAAGAGCUGUAGAGGGCCACCGGAGAUUUCUAGGGCACCGCAAAACCAUCACUCCAGAGAGAAAAGGACUUGUUGAACUUUUUGAUAAGCUGGAAAAGGGACAGCUAACAGAAGGUUCCUCGUUAUCAGAUCAUGUGCAGCAGAUGCAUAAGAACAGACAGGGGGGUCCAAGGAGACGAAGAGGUCCACAGGCUGGAAUAAAGGGUCGAGCACGAUUCAGAACCGAAGAAUCAUUCUACGAAAACCCAUAUCCAGAGUGUAUAUGUAAAUCUAAACAACAGCUCUGAAAUUACAUGAAGAUGCAGCAGAGCUAUGGGGGUUAUCCUUAGCAUUUUUGAACCUACUUACAAGUGACUUGUAUCGUUAGAAAGUCCUGAGAUGUUGAAGUGUAGGAACCAGUAUGCUCCUCAUAUCAACUUGUAUCUCAUAAAUCAAGCAACCCGAUUUCACCAUUUUUGUUA